AUGAAGUUUGCUGCUGCCAUCACCCUAUUCGCUGCUUCUGCCAGUGCUUUCAGCCCCUUCAGUGGAGCUAAGAAGGCUGCUGCCGUUGCCACCCCUGCCUUCACUGUUGAAACAAUCCCUGGAGCUCUUGAGCCUAUGGGCAUCUGGGAUCCUCUUGGAUUUGCUGCCAAGGCUGAUGAGAAGACCCUCAAGCGAUACCGUGAGGCAGAGCUCACCCAUGGACGUGUUGCCAUGCUUGCCACAAUUGGUUUCCUGGCUGGAGAAGCUGUCCCCCCUCUCUUCUGGGCUCUUUUGGCAACUGGAAUUGGUGCUGCUGAACAAAAGCGUGCUGAAAUUGGCUGGGUUGAACCUUCCAAUGUUCCAGUUGACCAACCAGGCCUCUUGCGUGCUGAAUACACUCCUGGUGACAUUGGAUUUGAUCCCCUUGGCUUGAAGCCUGAGGACCCUGAGGAGCUUUUGGUCCUUCAAAACAAGGAACUCCAAAAUGGACGACUGGCUAUGCUUGCCGCUGCUGGCUUCAUGGCUCAAGAAUUGGCGGAUGGAAAGGGAAUCAUGGAACAUUUGAUGAACUAA